CAUGUAGGAUGGGGUUGAUGAGCAGCAUAUGUUUAUUAUUAUUUGGGAAUAUGAGCAAUAACAGUUUUGAAACAUAUUUAAUGUUAACCGAUUUCUUUUACACUUCUGUUGUCGCUAUGACAGUGAAGCCACACCUCCACACAAACCCACAUACAUAAUCUGCAUUCAAAGGAAGUCUGCAAUAGUCUGCAAACUAACUAGUCCUCCUACUCAUGUACUUGAUUAAUCAAGCUGAACCUGUUUGACUGAUUUUCCCUGUACAAGAUGAUUAAUGCAGAGUGGUUGUGCAGCUCAUUUAAACUGUGUGAUAUAGUCGAUGUUUCACAGUAUGUUCACACUGAUAACUCCACGCAGGUAGAAAUCAACAGGAACUCAUUUCCACAACCUGCUUAUAACCCAUCAUCUGUCAAAGUCACAUUGGAAGCUUACAGCCUUUUAUUGGAAGCAGCGUUUGAACAGAACAUGAAACAUACCGAUCAAAAGGUGAUUGAACAUCAGUAUGCACAGACCGAUUCCAUUCAUCACUUUGCGCAGAAGACAGCCAACACAAUUAUAGAGUUAGCUAUGACGAAAGGAGAGACCCCGUCGUCUGAACAUUCUGAAAACAAACGCAAUCUUAUUGACCCAAGACAAUCGAGCGAGAUGAGAGGGAAUGAUGUGAAUAUGCUAGCAGAGGAGCUAACAUUACAAGCCUGUUGCAAAGCAUUGGAAGAGAUGGGAAGACAUUGUGUUCUUAUGCCUGAUGAUACAUCUGAUAAACAAGUUAUGGAGGGAGCUUGUGUAACUUCUGGGCACAACUGUGAUGAAGACAUGGACAUCAAGAUGGAAGAAUAUGAUUACAAGUUUGCAACUACUUUGAAGAGCAUGGUUAGUCUUGGCUCUAUUGAGUACCCUGAUGCCCCUCCAAGUACCCCUUUACAUCCAGAGAUGUUGAAGAGCCGAGACAGUUUCACAAGGAAGCUAAAGGGAGGGCUAGCUAAAGAGUUCCUUCCUUCGACACCUCCUUCAACCCCCAAAGAUCAGAUACAGCCCUUAUUGGAGAACCAGAUGACCGGUGGUCCUGGUGACAAAUCGGAGUUUAUGACGCGAUUGAUGCGCUCGCUGUCACUGGAGUGCCGUUGGCAAGGGGGGCUAGAAGAAGAGAAGGCUGGAGAUGAUGGUGGACUUCAAGAUGAGCUUCCCAAACUGGCUGACUAUGCGGCUCAACUGUCUGCAGACAUCCUUAAUUUUAUUACUACCAAUGAUGUAGAAGUAAACAAGGAAGUAUGGGCUACUGCUGAGGAACUAGCGGAUGAGAUUGUCAUAGCAUCUUUAGCAGAGGUGAUAAUGAAAGAAAAAGAAGAAAGCAGAAGAGAACAAAACGGUCUUAAGUCUGUUGCUCCCCAACUUAGCACGGCAUGCGUUGCAGCAGAAGAUAUAAAGAUUUUAGCUAGUGAUCUUAUCAUUAAUGCUGUGGUUCAUGCUUUUGCAAAGCUCAAACAGGGUGGGCUUAAACAUCAACAUCUUUCGAGCCAAGCAACCGAACAGCAGCCAUGGGAAAAAGAGAUUUAUUCGUGUAAAGGCUCAACACCGUCCAACAAAGCCUCAACCAUUAUUUGCCGUAACGAUACGUUAGAAUUAAACGGCAUUGCAUUUGAUGCCAUGAAUAUGACAUCAUCUGUACACACAUAUGCUAACAAAUUUGCACAAGACGUACUUGAAAAUUCGGUACGUGAUGCUUCCUGCAUACAGAUAAACUUGAGGCAGGGAACACAUGUUCAAAUUGGCUCACAGAAAGACAUUAUACCUCUCGUAAUCAUCAAGAUGUAUUCUGAGGUAAGCAGCGAUGUUCAGGAACUACAGUGUGCUCUACUGUGGGCUGCGGCCUCUCAGACAGGAACUUCAGAGCUUUUCUUUGAUCUACCAGACACAAGCAUUACAAAACAGCUUUGUAGACUCUCCCGCAGUGCCCGCUUGAAUGGCUGGACUGUGGGUGCCUUGGUGGCAUCACUCUGCCAGUAUUGUGAUAUGCAGGAAGAGGCCAGCAGAUGGCACCAUAAGAGCUCUGAUUCUUUGUUAGGGCAUCUGCAUCAGCUCAUUGACAAUACACCUUUAAACUGACCUUGGACCAGCUUUACGUACCCAACUGUAUUUGUUUAAGUUGGAGGAUUGAUUAUACAGUGGAACCCUGAAACACGAGUGAAGAAACUUUUACUUGACACGAUUUCAAGCUACUCAACCUAUCACCAUUCCUACAUCCCAAUCCUUAACGUUUAUUAAAGGAGACAAGCCAUAACAAAAGAAUGUCAUAGAAAACAAUAUUCAGUUAAAAUUGAUUUCAAUUUGAUCCAUUGCAAAUGAUCCCUCAGAGACGAAACAUCUGCGUACACGCUCCCCUUUUGUACCGAUUUGAAAUCUGCUCUCCCGAUCCGCACGCCAAACCUCAGCCGGUAUUAGAGAAUCAGAAAUCUGACCACAAAUCAGCUUUAAACGUUACCAUCCACCCAAAACAUUUUUGAAUAAAGACUCUGUAUUCUGUUUAUUUUUAUGUUUUUCGUAUGUCAGUAACGAUAAUAAAAAGUUUCUGGAAAUGCUAAACAUUGAA